UCCAUCUCUUCUAGUCUUCUCUUUCUUCUCCGUUGUUCCUCUACAUAGAAAGAAUGGGAACGGGUGGUGGGGGGUUGAGCUUGGGGAUUUCUAGUGACUCGGCUGGGUUCAAGACUGGUGGUGUGAUGGACUCGUUCCUCGGUGGAGGUUUGAAGCGGAAAAGUGGAUCAGUGGAGUCCGAGCAUCACUUUCCGACGAGUCUCCGCUGCCACGAUGAGCCGGCCGACGGUGAGGAGAAGCGGAGGGUGGUGGGUGAGGUGGAUUUCUUCUCGGAUGAGAUCAGGAGAGAACGGGCGCGACCGGACUCGGAUUCCAACGCGCCUGACAUUAGUAUCAAGAAAGAGGAUCUCACCAUUAACAUGGGUUUGCACCUUCUUACAACCAACACUGGAACCGAUCAAUCAACGAUGGACGACGGGUUGUCAGUCAACGAGGAUAAAGAGAGCAAGAGUGAUUUGGCAGCAGUGCAAGCCGAGCUUGGGCGCAUAAAUCAAGAGAACCAGAGGCUAAAGAGCAUGUUAAGCCAUGCGACCAACAACUUCAACUCCCUUCACAUGCAUUUCAUCGCACUGAUGCAGGAGAGGAACCAAAGAAAUGGAAGCCUACAAGGGCACGAGGUCAUUGAUCAUGAGAAAACGGGCGAUAAACGAAGCAAACAUGAAGAUCCUACUGCGCCAAGACAGUUUCUGGAUCUUGGGCUGGCUUCGUUGGCUGGUGAGGGCUCCCACCCUACAACGGAAGGUGGAAGCCAGGAUCGGUCCAUAUCCCCGCCUAACAAUGCGGAAGUGCUGUCAAUGGAUUACAGCCUAAAGGAGAAUUAUAACAGCAAAGAAGCAGUCCCAAUCGAUCGCGAGAGAUCGGAUGGCAGGGAUGUUAGGGCUACGUUUAGAGAGGAAAGUCCUGGUAAAGCGUCUCAAAGUUGGAUCCCAAACAAAGCAGCAAAAUUAUCCCCUUCAAAGACUUCCGACCAAGAAGCCCAGGAAGCCACCAUGAGGAAGGCUCGUGUGUCAGUCCGAGCACGGUCCGAAGCACCCAUGAUCACAGAUGGAUGCCAAUGGAGGAAGUAUGGGCAGAAGAUGGCGAAGGGAAAUCCUUGUCCCCGGGCUUACUACCGGUGCACCAUGGCUGCCGGCUGCCCGGUCCGCAAACAAGUCCAAAGGUGUGCGGAGGAUCGAUCGGUCUUGAUAACAACCUAUGAAGGGAAUCACAACCACCCACUCCCCCCCGCGGCCAAGGAGAUGGCAUCGACCACUUCAGCGGCGGCAAACACGCUCUUAUGUGGAUCCAUGUCGAGCACCGAUGGGCUAAUGAACUCUAAUUUCCUUGCAAGCUCGUCCAGCAUGGCCGCCAUAUCAGCAUCAGCUCCGUUCCCCACCGUGACAUUAGACCUCACACACGUUUCCAGUGUUGCGUUCCGAAGGCCAUCAACCCAGUUCCAGGUUCCAUUUCCAAACGGUGCUGCUGCCCCUGGUCUUGGCUCGACACCAACGACUUCUUUGCCACUGGAAUUUGGGCAGACGCUCUUCAACCAAUCAAAAUUCUCAGGGUUUCAGAUGGAUAGGCCGCGAGUUUCACAGCCAAAGGUAGAUUCCGUGCGGCCGUCAUCUCUGGCUGACACGGUGAGCGCUGCCACGGCAGCCAUGGCGGCAGACCCAAACUUCACCGCGGUGGUUGCAGCUGCCAUCACCUCCAUCAUCGGCGGUGGUCGCGGCGGUAGCGGGGCUGCCCAAACAGGCAACAGCAAUAAUAACAAGGGGAGUGAAAACGGGAUAGGAAAUUAACUAGUGCAACAUUACAUAUCCUUUUCUUUUCUUCAUGGAGUUUCUUCUUUUUCAUGAUUUUUUUUCUUUUUUUUGUUCCAUGUAGAAAGUGAAAAAUGAAAUUAUAUGUAUACAUGCAGUUUUUCUU